GCGCGAGGCCGCCCAGCCCGGUCCGGCCGCCCGAGGUGCGCAGAGCAUGGCCCGGAGCGCGGAGCGAGGCUGCGGGGGCGCGGGCUGGGGGCUGCGCGGCGCCCUAGCGGCCGUGGCGCUGCUCUCGGCGCUCAAUGCCGCGGGCACGGUGUUCGCCCUGUGCCAGUGGCGCGGGCUGAGCGCGGCGCUGCGGGCGCUGGAGGCGCAGCGGGGCCGGGAGCAGCGCGAGGAUGGCGCCCUGCGCGCCUUCCUGGAGGAGUUGAGUCGCGCGCCGCGCCGGGCGCCCCCGCCACCCCGGGACCCCGCGGGCGCCGCGCGCAACAGGCGCAGCCACAGCGGGGAGCCCGUGCCGCACCUCCGCGCCGAGAGCCAGGACAUGCUGAUGAUGAUGACCUACUCCAUGGUGCCGAUCCGCGUGAUGGUGGACCUGUGCAACAGCACCAAGGGCAUCUGCCUGACAGGACCACCUGGCCCACCAGGACCACCAGGAGUUGGUGGGCUACCAGGACACAACGGGUCGGAUGGACAGCCUGGUCCCCAGGGCCCGAAGGGCGAAAAAGGAGCGAAUGGAAAGAGAGGAAAAAUUGGGCUACCUGGAGCCACAGGAAUUCCAGGGGAAAAGGGAGACCCUGGUGAACUGGGCUUGACUGGAAAUGAGGGCCCAGCAGGGCAGAAGGGUGAAAAGGGGGACAAGGGGGACGUGUCCAAUGAUGUGCUCCCUGCAGGUACCAAAGGUGACCCAGGCCCACCAGGCCCUCCUGGCCCACCUGGGCCCCCAGGCCCUCCAGGUCCCCCAGGAUCCCCUGGAAGCAGAAGAUCCAAAGGCCCGCGGCAGCCAAACAUGUUCAACGGCCAGUGCCCAGGUGAGACAUGUGCUGUCCCCAAUGACGAUACCUUGGUGGGAAAAGCCGAUGAGAAAGUCAAUGAACACCAUUCCCCACAAGCGGAAUCCAUGAUCACUUCUAUUGGAAACGCAACACAAGUGCUGAAGGUCACGGAGACAUUUGGGACUUGGAUACGAGAGUCUGCAAACAAGAGUGAUGAGCGGGUCUGGGUGACUGAACAUUUUUCAGGCAUCAGGGUGAAGGAGUUCAAGGACCAGCCCUCCCUGCUGAAUGGCAGCUACUCGCUCAUCCACCUCCCGUAUUAUUUCCACGGCUGCGGGCAUGCCGUUUACAACAACUCUCUCUACUACCACAAAGGAGGCUCCAACACCAUAGUGAGAUUUGAAUUUGGCAAAGAAACAUCCAAAACUCUGAAGCUUGAAAAUGCCUUGUAUUUUGAUCGAAAAUACCUCUUUGCCAAUUCCAAGACUUACUUCAAUUUAGCUGUGGAUGAAAAGGGCCUUUGGAUUAUCUACGCUUCCAGUGUGGAUGGCUCGAGCAUUCUGGUAGCCCGGCUGGAUGAGAGGACAUUCUCCGUGGUGCAGCACAUCAACACCACGUACCCCAAAUCCAAGGCCGGCAACGCCUUCAUUGCCCGAGGGAUCCUCUAUGUCACAGACACCAAAGACAUGAGGAUAACAUUUGCCUUUGAUUUGUUAGCAGGGAAACAGAUCAAUGCAAACUUUGAUUUAAGAACUACUCAGUCUGUUCUUGCCAUGUUAUCAUACAAUAUGAGAGACCAGCAUUUAUAUUCGUGGGAAGAUGGCCAUUUAAUGCUUUAUCCUGUGCAGUUUUUGUCAGGGCAUUGAACCAGUGACGCAAUGCAGUCUGUUCCCCUCCGUAAACUUCCGAUGUUCUCAGGCACCAUUUCUAUCCCAACAGAAAACUGUCUUCAAGGGGAGCCAGGGACUUCGCUGCCAUAAUCUCAUGACAUGAGUGCUUAUAUGGUUGGUAAAUGCCCUUUAAAUUCAGAUUCUUUGGAGGAAAAUAACAGAUUGGAAACCAAAAGAUUUGGUGAUUCCUCCACAAACCUGCUGGGCAAGUUACCUCUCCCUUCCAUAGGUAAUAUGAGAGAGCUGGCAACACGAUGGGUGAGAUUUUCUCUAACUGUAGGGAAUUCAGUGUUUCUUGGCUAUUGCUGCUCUACAACUUUUAUAUAUUUUAUAUAUCAGCCUAAUUGCUUGAGCAGUGAAUUCCUUAGUGCCUACUUAUAUUUGGCACCUUGGGAAGCUGCCCUGGCCCUUUAAGGCUGCUGAGGUAGCACAUUACCCAAAGUUUAUUACCUUUCUCGGUGUCUGCACCUGCCACCACAGCACCAGAACGGCCAGUACCCUCCGCUCCUGAUCGCUGACCCUGGAUUAGCAAAAGCAGUGCAGCUACAUGCGCAGGUUUCCCAAUAAGACAGACACAGGCCCCGCCAGGUUCCUAUCAGUUUCCAAUCCUGCUGGUUGGCAGCAGUGGGUCAUAGACUGAAUCCUCAGGUCUCACGGGCUCCUACCGCAGCUGUGUCUCCGCUGUCGGAGUGAGCACUAAAUAUUGUGCAGGCGUUAGCUGCUACAACUAUGGGAAGCACUCCGCAGUUUUCAGAAGAGAGGCACCGUUCGUGGUUAACUGAAACGGGCAGGCAAACUGGCCCUUGGGCCAGAGCCAGCCCCUCAACUGUGUUUGUAAAUAAACUUUUAUUGUAACAGCUAGUUACGUGCAUUACUAUAAUUAGUCUGUGGCUACUUUUGCUCUAUAAUGACAGAGUUGAGUCGCUACAAGAAAGUUGAGUAGUGGCCGCAAAGCCUAAAACAUGGGCCGUCUGGCCCUUGGCCCUCCCUUGCUUUAGAAUAUAAAGAGAGCCUGAGUCUUGGAAGGGCAAAUUCACCAGAGUUUUUAUGUUUGUUAUGUUUUGGUUUAUUCCAGAGCAAGAAGUGGUCAUUUAUAUGGUUUGAGUUUUUGAUAGAGGGAAAGGGUGAGGACAGUAUAAAACUAAGUGGCCUUCCAAAAAGCAGUAGUGAACUGUCCCUUCUCCUGUAUAGUUUUAAAGGAUGUGCUCUGGUCCUCUUGAAAGAGGAGAAAAUCCAGUUUAACUCCCUCCUAAACGCCCUUAAGUACGUCUAUUUCUGCCAGCUUAGUUUUUCAAACAGGCUUCAGCCAGGCGGGGCCACUGACAGCAGAGAGGAAUCUAGACAGUCACUGGGGUCCUGCAGCCAGGAGGGCACAUAAGGAAAACGUGACGUAGAGAUUUUCCAGCAAUUUGCCCUCAUCGAAUACAGAUGUGUGUUUGGGGGAACGCUGCUGCAGCUUUUGGCUGGCGCCAAAUCCAUCCUCAGUGACCCUGAGUCCUGAUUUUGUAUGUUACUAAUAGAAGCAUUUUCAAACUCAGGGGGUUACAGAUUUGGAUUUUAAAUCUCUCCACCCCUGAAAAUACUCAGGCAGUUAUGAGGGAAUUUUUUGUUGUGUUCUCAUAAUAAGGGUUUCUACAGCCCCCUCCCGAUACACACACACACACACACACACACACACACACUCAUUACAUCGGUUGUGUUGUGUCAUCACGGUUUCUAAAAAUACUCUUUUCAGAUUCAUGUUUGUAGAAAAGUAGAGUUUCAUGUUCAAGAUCAAUGUGUCUAAUGAAUGCCAGUCUGCUUUUAACGUAUUUAAAUACGCGUGUUGCUGUUUCUGGACACAGGGGCCUGGAUAUGAAUAUAAUUUCAUAGUAACAGCCAUGUUAGUAAUAAUAGUAAUUAAUCGUAUGUGUGGUAGCAACCAAAUGGUUAGUUAUUAAACUAGCAUAUAUUCCUUUUAGGAAAAAGUUUUAGAAACCCCAGUCUUACUUGAUAUCUGAGCCAUCUUGGUUCCCUUAAUUGUGGGUAAGGAAUUAUAUAUUCACUACCAGAGAAGGUUGUACUGGGAUGUGUGUUUUGAUUUUGCUGCGGCAGAGUAAUAUGAGGACAGCUGAGUUUGAUCAAGGUCUAAUGGGUAAUUUUAUAUGGUUGAAAAUUUGUUUUUACAGAGGGAAGAGAAUAAAGAUUUGACUCAUUCUUUUCUGCAAGCAGCACUGGAUUAAAGACAAAAAGGUGUGGGCUCACUGCUAAAACAGAAUGUACAACCGAACGCUUUUAAGACAAGAUAUCAUUUUGGCAGUUUCCACUCUCAUUACCAAAGUUGCUUUAAAGCACUUUCCAAAUAGCUGCACUUCUGAUGUCAGAAUCAAACCAGAUAAUUCUCUAGUUCCUCUUUAAUCUAUAGUAGAUAGCUUCCCCCGGGAAAGUAAAUAAAACCCCCACCCAGCCUCAAACGUAGGUUGGACCCUAUUUCAAAGCAUUUUUCUUCAGCUGAUAACCGCGCCCUGGUGAAGCCACGCAGGUGGUUACGGCCUCAGCGUAUCGCGCAGCACAGGUGUUAGGCCAGAGGAAGAGUCUGGCGUGAACGUUUUAAGAUGAGGGGUUCUGAGCGUAGGCAUUCUGACCAUCUUACUCCCCUCAGGGUCGCAAGGUGAAAAGCCAAGUGAGAGACCACAGUUCUUCAGGAGCCAGGUGUCCUUUUCCAGCGGCACGUGCUGGCGCUGUUUGCUGCGGAAGCGUCUGAGGGAGUGUGUGAUAGGCGUUUCCCCUCUCGCCCAGCUGCUGUGACCUUGGGUAUCACGUCAUUAAAAGCCACGAUUUCCCAUCUGUAACCACAGAUGCUGAACAAUUCUGAACAACAAAUUAAUAACUGGGAAUGUCUCUCUUUUGUUGUUGUAAUUUAUUUAACUUUAAUCUACCUAGUCAAUAAAAUAAUCACUGCUGAACACAA